CCUAGCUUCCUGUACUCGCCACUCACCAAACCAAUGCGGCGGCGAAGAUGGCGGCGUUGGACAGGAGCUUCAUAGAAAUAUGUGGAUUUGAGAGGGAAACAUUUUCACGGUUCCGCGACAUCACUGUCAACUUAGGAUUAAGUGCUCUUCCAGGAGGAGUCAAAUGUCCAGACAGUGCCGGUGGCUUUUACUAUGAAGAGAGUGGGAAGCUCCUGUCUGUCGCAAGUAACAGAUUUAUACACUGGUCCACAUCUGGGGACACAGUCCAGCUGGUGGAACAGUCACUGGACACGAACCUGCUCAACAAUGCAGUACGUCUGAAGAUCCCCCACUGCCAGCUUCUGCCUGGCGGAGUGCACAUCCAGGAGACUGUCAACAAUGUCAUCAUUCUCAUUGUUACCAACCAGUCAGUCCAUCGGCUGGCUCUGCCCCAUCCCUCCCGCAUGUACCGCAGUGAGCUGGUCACAGAGCUCCAGAUGCAGUCCAUCUUCACAGACGUGGGGAAGCUGAGCCUGCAGGACCCUGCACACAGCUACGUCCUGCCCAGCGGCCCGGGCCUGCCUUCCGUCAGCCCCAGCACCUCCGCAGCCUGGAUCAGCCAGGAGGGGGAAGCCCACUUUGCUCUGGCGACCGCCUCUGGUGGCAUCCUGGUCGUUUGUCUUCCCCCUCAUGACUCACCAGGGAUGGUGGCCACAGUGGAGCUGAAGCAGAGCUCAGUCAUGCAGAGACUGGCUGGCUGGAUGCCCACUGCUAUCAGGGGGGACCAGAGCCCAUCAGACCUGGCCCUCAGUCUGGCCGUCAGACAGCUGGAGGACGACACUUUCAUCUUCGCUCUCUGCCAAGAUCACAAGCUGCGCAUGUGGUCCUAUAAGGAACAGGUGUGCCUGAUGGUGGCUGACAUGCUGGAGUACCUGCCGGUGGGCCGUGGCGAGGUGAAGAGUGUGCCGGGGCAGGGCCACAGGCUGCGCCUCUCCUUUUCCUCCACCACCGGCCUGUGCCUGGGCGUCUACCUCGGCCUGCCCAAGCGUGGCCAGUUCUGUGUGCUGCAGCUGGUAGCCGACAACAACCGCUACAGCCUGGACCACCUCUCCACCCUGUUCACCACACAGGACACACUGGUGGAUUUUGACUUGACAUCUACUGACAUCUGGGGUCUUUGGCUUGACGAUGACAACCAGACAGUGGUGAAAUACAUCAACUUUGAGCACAACUCAGCUGGCCUGUGGAAUCAGGUAUUCAUGCAUCCUGCGCCAGGGGAGGAAGUCCACAUCGGCAUAGACCAGGACCCAAGGGAGGCCUACCUUGAAAUACUCUUCUCUCCUCUUCAAUUCACUGCUAUGGCCAUAGUCAAAGCCUUACAGAUUUAUAAAAGAGGCACCGAGAGGUACCUUGACCUGCCUUGGGAGUCACUGAAGAGGGAGGUGACCCUUGCAGUUGAGAAUGAGCUCCAAAAUAGUGUCACUGAGUACGAGUUCUCUCAGGAGGAGUACCGCCAGCUGCAGGUGGAGUUCUGGUCCAAGUUCUAUGCCUGCUGCUUGCAGUACCAGGAGGCCCUGUCCACUCCCCUGGCCCUGCUCAUCAACCAGGCCACCUCCAUGGCCUGUGUGCUGAAAAAGGGCUAUGUGUCUUACCUGUUACCGUGCUUUGCUGUGGAUCAUCUUUACCUGUCUGCCGAUGAAUACCUCUUCUCGGAGGAGGAGACUCCAGUGGCUGAAGACCCUGAGGUGGGCCGGGACGUGCUGCAGCUGGUGCAGUGCCUGCGGCUGGUGAGUGAGAGCCUGCAGGGAGACAUGGCCUACGACAUGGAGAAGGCCCUGGACCACCUGCAGUCCCCAGAGAAGGCCGCGGAGCAGGUGCUGGAGACCAUGCUGGCCAAUGACAGUGAGAAUGUCAUAGAAGAAAUCCAGAACAAGCUGCAGGACAUCCGGAACCCGAUGAUGGCCAUGUCUGUCCUGCUCAGGGAGAUGGACCUGGAGAUGGAUGCUGAGACUGGGGCUGAAGGAGCCGCACUCGCUGCAGCAGGCCGUUCUCUGAACGUGCGCAUCAGCCUCUCGCAGCUGUACGGCAGCAGCGUGGCGGUGAGCGUGGUGUGCCAGGCCGUGUGCAACAUGGCCCUCACGCGAGCCAUGCUCUGCAGGGAUCUCCUCAUCCUGCAGCAGUUUUACCUCCGGCUUGGGGACAAUGUCUUUCUGGGAGGAGGUGCUCAGCUGCUGCAGCUACAGCAGGACCUGAUCCCACGCUGCUCCCACCUGCUCUGCUCCUACUACCUGCUGAAGAAGAUCAGCCAGAGCCUGGCCUCCUCCGUGCCCCUCGACAUACUCGAUGCCAAUCUCCAGCAUCUGUCCGUACUGGAGUUGUCCGACUCCCCUGCCAUGGCACCCAACAGAUCAGUCCUAAAUCCCCAGACGGUGGUGGAGCUCUUCUAUCAGAAUGUGGCGCGUAAGAUCGUCGUGUCUCAGAUCUACUUGCAGCAGGAGGCCCAGUCUAGUCAGGUGCCUCUGCACUGGCCGCACAUGGCGUCCAGCGUGGUCACCAGUCUCGCACAGCUCCUCUGGCCAAGCAACCCUGGCUUUCUGUUCCCUGAGUGCCUUAUGGGGAACUGCCAGUACACACAACUGCAGGAAUAUGUGCGCCUGAUUGGGCCCUGGUGUCAGGUGAAUGUGGGCUCCUGUCGCUUCAUCCUGGGGCAGUGCUACCUGGCCACUGGGGAGGGACAGAAGGCCCUCCAGUGCUUCCAGGAGGCGGCCACUGAGGUAGAGAAGGAGGACUUCCUCCUGAAGCUCUGCGGCACGGAGGAGGAGGAGGUGGCCAGUGCCCCUCGGCUGCAGUACUACAACAAGGUGCUGAGGUUACUGGAGGAUGUGGCUUUACCUGAGCUCGUCAUCCAGCUAGCCACGCUGGCAAUAUCAGAAGCCGUUAAUGACACCAGAAGUCAGGCAGCCCUCUGGACUCGCAUCUUCAAACACCAUCUAGACUUGGGCCACAACAGCCAGGCCUAUGAGGCUCUGGUCCAGAACCCAGACCAAAGCAGGCAGCUGGACUGUCUCCGGCAGCUGGUGGUGGUUCUGUGUGAGCGGUCACAGCUUAAAGAUCUGGUCCAGUUCUCCUAUGUCAACCUGCACGAUGAGGUGGUGAGUAUUAUUGAGUCUCGUGCCAGAGCCGUGGACCUCAUGACUCACAACUACUAUGAGCUGCUCUACGCUUUCCAUAUCAACCGUCACAACUAUAGAAAAGCCGGUACGGUGAUGUUUGAGUACGGCAUGCGUUUGGGUCGGGAGGUGCGCACGCUCCAUGGCUUGCAGAAGCAGGUGAACUGCUACCUGGCCGCCCUCAACUGCCUGCGGCUCAUCCGGCCUGACUAUGCCUGGAUCGUCCAGCCCUCCUCUGGAAGCACGUAUGAACGGCCGGGUGCAUCACCAAAACGGAACUACGAUGGAGAGUUUGCCCCAGGCCCAGUGAAGCGCCAGAUUGACAUCUUGGAGCUGAAGGACUUGGAGAAGGAGUACAACCUGGCCCGCAGUCGCCUCACGCUGGCCCAGCACCACCCUCCCUCAGCAGCCAUAGCAGGAAGCGCCUCCGCAGUGGAGAUGGUGGCGUUGCUUGUUCAAACGGGCCUCUUUGACACGGCGCUCUCCCUCUGUCAGACAUUCAAACUGCCCCUCACGCAGGUCUUUGAAGGGCUGACGUUCAAGUGUAUCAAACUGCAGUACGGUGGGGAACAGAGUCAGAAUGAAGCCUGGAAUUGGCUGGCAGCCAAUCAGCUCUCUUCUAUCGUCACUACCAAGGAGUCCAGUGCUACUGAUGAGGCAUGGCGGCUCUUAGCUUCUUACCUUGAGGCACAUCCUUCCCAGAAUGCUCAGCACUACCGGUGUGUCAUCAACAAGCUGCUCUCACAUGGUGUGCCAUUGCCUGAUUGGCUGGUUAAUGACUACAAGGCUGUGGACACCGCUGCUCUGCUACGGCUUUAUCUGAAGUUCGACCAGCUGGAGUCGGCUACGGAACUGGUCCUGGAAUACGUUGACGCUCUUCUUGGAAAGGGACACCAGUACUUUGGAAUAGAGAGACCUCUGUCAGCCACAGCGCCCGUUGUUUGGCUUCCGUAUACAUCGAUAGACCAGCUACUGUUCAACCUCGGUGAAAGUCAAAUUAACAUGAAGUUGUAUGAGAAGUUGAAAGCCAAGCUGGACGAGUACCAUGGAGUGGUGGAGAAAGCAACCAGACACAGAAUCCUGGCCCACUAGGACCCAGCCACAGUACUGCCUUUCUAUAUGGUGCUUCUUUUUCUUUCCCUGGUGUCCUCUCACUUUGUGAAACAAAAAAAGUACAACCAAAUAAAUAUAUUUUUGUAUGGGUUAAUGAAACGGAUAACUGUGUCUGCGCACUUGGACUAAAUGUGCCCUGAGAAAUUCAUUGUGUGGAUGUAGGGCAACCAGGGUUCAGGUAUCUGUUCCUUAAGUGACAGCUUAGCACUCAGAUGUACAGUAUGUAUUGUGUGAAAGAUUUCCAACGGCUCUUUUGUGUAUUUUUUUUUUUAUUAUUGUAGACAAAUGUGAUAUGUCUUGGCUCCCUAAUGUACUCUACCUGUUCCCUUCAAUCAGGUUUGUUGUAAAUUGUGUAAGGAAUGUAAUAAAGACUUUUUUCAACAUG